UUUUCGUAGUGGAUCGUUUAGUCUCAAUCGAUACGAACCUGCACGCUACUGGGCGCGCUGACAAGUGACAACCUUCCUCUUCCAGCAGACAUUCUUCUAUCUUAAACCGAACGCUUCCUCUGAGAGUCUCUUCCUCAGAAGACGCCGGAGACUGCGGCCAACCGCCAACCCGGUUAAGCCAUAAUGGCAGGGAGAAAUCACAUGCCUCGUCAUAUUCCUGAAGGUCCAUAUGCUCGAGGUCCUGUGCCUCGACCACCCCAUCCUGCAUUGUUGGAGGAAGAACUUGAGAUGCAGCAUAUUGAAAUCCAGCGGCUCUUGGCUGACAACCGGCGGCUGUUUGAAGAUCGUCUGGCACUGCAGCAGGAGCUAGGUGCUGUAAAGGAGGAGCUUCAUUGCUUGAAUAUUGCCAUUGCAGACAUCCAUGCUGGGAAAGAAGCACAUUCACAGGAACUGAUUGAGAGAGGUUUGAAGCUGGAAGUUGAUCUUCGGGCAACUGAGCCUUUGAGAAAUGAAGCUGUUCAAUUACGAGCAGAAGUUCAGAAAUUGAAUUCUGUUAGGCAGGAUCUGGCUGUGCAAGUUCAGAGCCUUACACAAGAUUUAGCAAGGUUUCAAGCCGAUAGUCAACAAAUUCCUCUCUUGAGGGCAGAAUUAGAUGGUUUACAUCAGGAGGUUAUGCGUGCUAGGACUGCUUUUGAAUAUGAGAAGAAGGCAAAUGCUGAGAUGGUGGAACAGAGGCAAGCAAUGGAGAAGAACUUGGUUUCCAUGGCUCGUGAAGUUGAAAAACUUCGUGCAGACCUUGCAAGUGCUGAUGCCAGGCCAUGGGCUGCUGGUGGUUCUCAUGGAAUUAAACUUAGUAGCCCUGAAGGGCACUUCCUUUCUUCCUAUGGGGAUGGAUAUGGGCUUCACUCGAUUGAAAGGCAUCCUCAACUUCCGAGAGUAUUGAAAAAGCAGCACGUAGAUUUCCUCAAAUUGGCAGAUUGAAGGAAAAAGGGGAGACAUCAGAGGAGCAUUGCAUGGAGGAUUAAGUAAACAAUAUGAUUGACUUCUUGGUUCCCUUGCCAGCCACUGUUCCUAUCUACAAAAGGGAUUAUUUUGUGGCAGGAGAGAAGGAAAAUCAAGUGGAGGAUUGUGGCAGAAGGAACCAAAAGAUGACGUUUAUGUGCGGUCCACAUGUGCAAGGUCACUGGGCAAAAGGAAUUGAUGCCACUGCUGGAAUUUUCCAUCGAUGGAAUUAAUGUCAAAUGACAAUGUAGUUCAAUUAUCUUGAAGGUUCUUUUCUGGGUCUGCAAAUCAGUCUAGACAUUGAUUCUAGGUUACAGUUUACGUGAUCCUGCUUGUUGCUGAAUUAUAUCUCUACACCCUUUAAGGUGUUGACUUAUUUUGGUUCUUUUAAUUUCUUUGAACAUUCCAUGUGCAUUAGGGGGCCGUUUGAUGACAGCUGAAACUGAAAUAGGUGCUGAAAAGAUUCCACACUUGCUCAAAAUCAGGGGUACUGCUCUGGCAUAUAAUAAAACUUUGGAAAAGCAAUGUCGAGA